AUCCUAGUUUGAUUUGUUUUACUCUCAAAAUCUAAAAAACAAAGAAAAGUCUAAAAAUCCCAAUUAAAAUAGUAUUCUGAAGAAUCAAGAACAGAAUUUAUUACAUAUAAAUAAAUAUAAACCAUCCCCUGCCACCCGCCAUCUCAUGUACAUCACAUCACAUCCAACUAAAUUCUAGAGCUUGAAUUAUUCUUCUGGAAAUUCAAGCAUGGGGCAAAAAGAAAGCUGUCAUCCAUUGUUGAAAGGACCCAAAAAGAAUCCAAAAACUAAGUACAGCCAUGGAUUUUCUUCUGGUCAGAUCCAAUCUUUAUCUGCUUUUUGUGAAGCUCUUAUUCCUCCACUGUCAGCUAAUAAUGUCAGCACUGAAAUUCCAUUAGAUAAGCACAAAUCUGUUCUUUCUUUCUAUGAAGCUUCUGGGUCUGACUCUACAAUUCCUGAUGAGGUGGCAGAGUUAAUAGCUCGAAGAGGCUUAAAAGAACUGGUUUUGCUGGUGAAAUUGCUUCUAAAGAUUCUAUCUUUCAGAUUGGGUACAUUGCUACUCUGUGGUUUUAUGUGUUUGGAUUGGAAUUGGCCGUUCAUCCACAAUUUCUCUGAAAUUUCUUUACCAAAAAGAGAGCAGAUUAUCAAAAAAUGGAAAACUCAGAAAUAUUUUUUUCCUCUAAGGGUGUUUUUUGUGGCCAUCAAAAUUUUCUGCUUAUACGUCUUCUUUGCCAGGACUGAUGAAAAUUUAACAAAUCCAGCAUGGGAAGCAAUUGGAUACCAAAAAGACACUAGAGAAAAAAAGUUGAGGAAACCUGGAGAGGAGAGACCUCUUGAGAAAGGGAUCAUAGAACUUGGAAAGGAAGAUGAUUCAACUCUUGUCGAUUCUCUUAUCCGAAAAGGUCUCCAAGUCACAGAAGAUGUAGAAAACAAUACCUAUAAGAUCAAAUGUGAUGUCGUAAUUGUCGGUUCUGGUUGCGGUGGAGGGGUUGCAGCUGCAGUUCUUGCAAGUUCUGGCUUGAAAGUGCUCGUCCUAGAGAAAGGAAAUUACUUUGUACCAGAAGAUUAUUCUUCAUUAGAAGGUCCUUCCAUGGAGGAAAUGUACGAGUCUGGCGGAAUUCUCACUACUAUCAAUGCGAAAAUCAUGAUCUUAGCUGGAUCAACAGUUGGUGGAGGCUCAGCUAUAAAUUGGUCUGCUAGUAUAAGGACGCCGGAUAAUGUUCUUAAAGAUUGGUGUGUGGAUCAUAAGAUUCCACUUUAUGGAAGCCCUGACUAUAUAAAUGCAAUGGAUGUUGUGAAUAAGAGACUUGGUGUAACCGAUGCUUGUUCCGAAGAAGGAUUUCAGAAUCAAGUUCUUCGCAAAGGAUGUGAGAAUCUUGGCUUGAAAGUUGAAUCAGUUGCGAGAAAUUCCUCUGCUGAUCAUUAUUGCGGUUCAUGCUGCUAUGGCUGUAGAACAGGAGAUAAGAAAGGCACUGAAUCUACGUGGCUAGUCGACGCUGUAGGCUGUGGUGCCGUGAUUCUAACAGGAAGUAAAGCUGAGAAAUUCCUUUUGGAGGAUGAUCAUAGUGGAACGAGUAGGAAAAGAUGCAAAGGAGUGAUUGCUAGAGCUUUAAAUAAAAAUGUCACUAAAAAGCUGCAAAUCGAGGCUAGAGCAACGGUUUCAGCGUGCGGUUCUCUCUUGACGCCUCCGCUAAUGAUCUCUAGCGGAUUGGUGAAUUCAAAUAUCGGCAGGAACCUUCAUCUGCAUCCGGUUAUAAUGGCUUGGGGAUACUUUCCGGAUAAUAAUUCGGAUCUCAAAGGCAAAAUGUACGAGGGAGGACUUAUCACAUCAAUCCACAAAGUGAUCUCUGAUGAGUCUACCGUUCGUGCCAUUAUAGAAACUCCAGCGCUCGGGCCAGCUUCAUUUGCAGCAUUAUCUCCAUGGGUUUCAGGACAGGAGUUCAAGGACAAGAUGCUGAAGUACCCGAGAACUGCCCAUCUGUUUGCAUUAAUCAGAGACCAAGGCUCAGGAGAAGUGAAAGUUGAGGGUAGAAUUAAGCACCGACCAAACCAGUUCGAUAAUGAAAAUCUCAGAGUUGGCUUGCGGCAAGCUUUAAGAAUAUUAGUUGGUGCUGGAGCUGUAGAAGUAGGCACUUAUCGUAGCGACGGCCAAAAGUUCGGAUGUAAAGGUAUCACGGAGAAGGAUUUAGAGGAGUUUCUCGACACAGUGACGGUAUCAGAGGGGAUAAAAUCGAAGGAAGGGUACUGGAACAUGCUGUUUUCGGCACAUCAGAUGAGUAGUUGCAGAAUGGGAGCAACAGAGGAGGAUGGUGCAGUUGAUGAAAAUGGAGAAAGCUGGGAGGCUAAGGACUUGUUUGUGUGUGAUGGAAGUAUUCUACCAACUGCAGUUGGGGUGAAUCCUAUGAUCACAAUCCAGUCCACUGCAUACUGCAUUUCCAAGAAAAUAGCUGAAUCCCUGAAGAACUAAUCAGAGAUUUUAGUAGCUCUUUUAUAAUUUAUUGAUUCAUUUGUAAUGAUAUAAACAAGUAUAGGUAAAUUUCAUUCUCUUCCCUCUAUAUCAUGUUUCUGAGAAAUAUGAGUCAUUGUUAAUUGUCAUGCAAUAAAUAAAUAAAAGGGUAUGAGUUAUUUUAA